UGACUUUUUUUUUUAACCAAAACAUACAAUGGUGGCAAUCCGGCAACAGCAAGCCCUUCUCAAGCGUUUUCUUCACAUCAACGGAUUUUUGUGUCGUUACAGUUCCACCAACACUGAACGGUUCAAACAGUUCAUCGAACAGCGCAGAAUGGACGCACGUGCGAUUGCCCGGCCGGAUCCGGUGGUGAAGAAAAUUGACUCUCCCGAGUUUCGUUCGAUUUUCACCCAAGAGCUUAAGGAUCUGAUAGCGUUGUUCGAGCGGUACAACUUUGAAAUCCGCGUUGCUGGCGGUGCUGUACGAGAUAUCCUCAUGAACAUGAACCCGAAAGACGUAGACAUAGCAACAACGGCCACCCCUACGGAAAUGAAAGAGAUCUUCACGAAAGAGAACAUUCGGAUGGUGAACAUGAACGGCGAAAAGCACGGAACCAUCACGCCCAGGAUAAACGAUAGGGAAAACUUUGAGAUAACCACGCUGCGCAUCGAUGCCAUUACCGAUGGGCGUCAUGCCGAGGUCAUCCACACCACCGACUGGUUGCUCGAUGCGAACAGAAGAGAUCUGACCAUUAAUUCCAUGUUUCUCGGAUUCGAUGGCACGUUGUACGACUAUUUCUAUGGCUACGAGGAUCUGCAAAAGCGUCGCGUAGCUUUCGUGGGCGAUCCGGACAUGCGCAUCAGGGAGGAUUAUCUGCGCAUUUUGCGCUACUUCCGAUUUUACGGACGCAUCGCGGAGGAAUCGAACCGCCACGACGAGGAAACGUUGCGCAUUAUAACGAAAAAUGCCGAAGGAUUGGCCCGCAUCAGCGGUGAGCGUAUUUGGCAGGAGUGGAAAAAGAUACUGAGCGGUAAUUUCGGCAUUGAGCUGACGGAAGCAAUGAUUAACUGUCAGCUAGCGCCUCACAUGGGACUACCGGAUGCACCAAACGUGCCAGAGUUCUUGCGAGUGGCGAAGCAGGUCCGAUCGUUUGAUCCAAAGCUACAGCCGAUAACGGUGCUUUCGGCACUGCUAAACACACCCGAAGAUGCCGUGAACCUAAACAUGCGCCUUAAGUUUACCGUGUACGAAAGGGAGCUUUGUUACUUCAUUACCCAAAAUCGCGAAGAAACGGCCACAAUUGAUGAAUUAUUACCAUUUCAACAACUCUGUCUACAAACCAUCAGCAGUGUUAAGCUAAAGAAGGAGUACGUGCUCGAGCUGCUAAAGUACCAUGGUAAGCGGGAGCUGUACCAGCAGCUGCUCGACUGGCCAAUUCCACAGUUCCCUAUCAAAGGUAAUGUACUCAUCGCAAACGGGGCACCGAAAGGGCCUAAGUUGGGUGUGGUGCUGGAUAGGCUAAAAAUCAUUUGGUCCAACAAUCAGUACAAUAUGACUCAGGAACAACUGCUGGAACAUCUACCGUCUGUGCUGGAGGAGAUUAAUGUUAAGAAAAAGUAAUAGUUACUAUGUUAUCGUACUAUGAGCUGUGUUGUUUGUAUAAUAAUUGUGUAAAAUCAUGGCAAUUGCAAUACCGCAGGAGAAGUUUCAUCCAACAUCAAGUAAUACAACAUCAUGUUUGUUGUAAUGUGCAA